AUGUGGCAUUUCUUGGCAAAGAAUAAGCAGGUGGCCGCCAUGCUAGGUUUGCUAGCAGUGGCGGCGAUUGUGGUGGUUUUUCUUUCUACCAGAGGCAGCAAUUACACUACUGUAGAAGCACAGGUCGAAGAAUCAGUGGACGUAAGCGACGAUGCUCACGUCUUCUCUACUCAUAGUCUUCCGACAGACGAUCGGCUCAUGCCGUCAAUCGGGAACGGACACAUAGCUACCAACAUCUUCAGUGACGCAGUCUACAUGAAUGGCUUGUACAACGGACUAAAAGGGGAGAGCCACCGCGCCAGAAUCCCUGCCUACGCCAACAUAAGACUUAAUUCAACGUUAACGCACCAUCCGUUUAAACCUGUUUACACUUUAGACACGACAGAAGGUGCCUUUAAAGUUAGAGUGGAUAGAGACAGGUCGAUAGUAGUGCAGCGAAUUUACGCCCAUAGAUACUACACGAGAGCAAUUGUGAAUCAAAUUCAAGUGAUUUCAAAACCACAUGUUGAUCCACAUUUUAUCCAUCAUGAAAUCUGGAUAGCAAUCAGUCUCAUGCAAGGUCCAAAGAGCAAAGACAUAGCGUUCAAAGACCCAGUGCCUGAGAUUAUAGAGAAUCGCCCAUCUUGGAGUACGUGUGGUCAAACUAAGGAAUCCGAAGACCCGGUAUACCAGCCCAUGCCUGUAGAGGUCUGCCUAUAUUGGACUUCAGUACCUGAUCACUUGGUAGUGCCGCAACACGGUGCUAGAGUUUUCACCUUUGUUAUGACUGCGGAUAAAAAUAAAACUGUAGCCAGACAGGAGUUUGUUAAAGUGUUGCAGGAGGAAGGCGAGGAGUUGUAUCGGAAACACGUGGCGGAGUGGCAGACAAUCCUUCACCAGGCGGGAAUGGACAUUGAGGGGAACUUACACUUGGGCAAAAUAGUGAACGGCAUUUGGUAUUAUUUAUUGAGUUCACUUCCUUCGCAAAAUUCGUACCAACCUCUGGACCGGUUUUACGGACUGAGCCCUACGGGACUGGCCAGAGGGGCCACUUUUGAUGAUUAUGAAGGGCACAACUUCUGGGACACGGAGAUCUGGAUGUUUCCGUCGAUCCUGCUGUUGCGUCCUCGCUACGCCAACAAGCUGUUGCAGUACAGGCUCGACACGGCAUUCGUGGCCGAGGACCUUGCCAAAAUAACUGGGCAUAAGGGAUACAGAUACCCAUGGGAGAGCGCGUAUACGGGACGUGAGGCGACACAGCCAUGCUGCCCCGAGGUGGCCGAAUUCGAGCAGCACAUCACGGCUGACAUUGCUUUUGCCGCAAGGCAAUAUCUCGCCACGACUCGCGAUGAGAUUUGGCUUCAGCAUGGAGGCUGUAACAUUGUGACUCACAUUGCAGACUUCUGGGCUUCAAGAGCUGUCAUCAACUACACUACAGGAUAUUUUGACAUCGCUAAUGUGAUGGGACCUGACGAAGACCAUAGCAAUGUGACCAAUUCUGCAUUUACAAAUGUAGUAGCGGGAUUUUCCCUCUAUUUAGCUCAAUAUGUAUCGUGUCUCUGUAAAUCCUAUUACCUGGCGAAGAAUCCGGACCACUGGGCGAACAUCGCCUGGAGUCUUGCAUUGCCGUAUGACGAAGUGCUGGACUACCAUCCAGAGUUCCAGAAUUACAAACGAGGAGAAAGCAUCAAACAGGCUGAUGCAGUUUUGUUGGGAUUUCCUUUGCAGUAUCCUAUGAAUAUGAGUACGCGAGCGAACGAUCUUGCAUACUACGAGACGGUGACACGAGACAGCGGUCCCGCGAUGACGUGGGGCAUGCAUGCCAUCGGACACUUGGAACUGGGCGACAAUGAACAGGCAGCAGUCGUGUUUAACAGGAGCUACGUACCUUACGUGCGAGAACCCUUCAAAAUUUGGAGCGAACUACGUCGCCCGAACAUCGGAGCGGUAAAUUUCUUAACGGGCAUGGGAGGCUUCCUGCAAGCCUUGAUCUUCGGGUACGCAGGUAUCAGGAUACACCUGGACCGAUUAGAGAUUGAUAAACCUCAAUUGCCACCUGGAGUGAAGAAAUUCAAAAUUAGAGGAAUAAAAUAUCUUGGUGCAAACUUAACUAUGAAUAUUGAGUCAGAAAGCACAGUGAUGUCCGUAUCAACAGUAGACGACAGAUGGCCUCUUACUAUGUUCAAUGGGAAGUACAACGUUACAUUGGUGCCGGAAACCACAGUGACUCUUCGCGGUACCGGCCCGUUCGUGAUACGAUCCGUCCAAUGGAAAGACUGUAAGCUGCCUAUAGAUAGGAUUGGUCAAAACUACGCUAGACCUGUGGGCACGUAGUUUUAAAUCAUGCUUAAUUUUUAAGAACAAAAAAUGAGGUAAAAAGCCAGUUUUUGUAGUUACAAAAAACGAGUGUACAGAGAAACUUCAAACGAGAAUUAUCAUUUCAAACGAACUGUAAAG